AUUAUUGAACUUAGUGUACAUACUCAAAGUAUGAGUAGUGUUUUUAAUGUAACUUUGAGAUUCUCAUGGUUAAGUGAUGCCUGCAGUCCGCUGAAAUUUAAAGUGGCUUUCGAAUUAAUUUAAAUUAUUAUUAGAAUUUAAUUUUAUUUAUAACAAAUAAACUAUUCAAUGGAAUUCCAAAGAAGUUUAAAAUUUUAAAUUACUAAACAAAUUAAUUAAUGAUGUACAAACCGUUUUGGAUUAAGCAAACAAUAAUUUAUUAUAUUUUUUUCGGAUGUUUUCAAAUAGUGGUUAAUUCUGACAUUUACUCGAAAAACUUGGGUAGUUUUAAAUCACUUUGCAAUAUCACCAAUUAUGCUAAAGAAUUAAAUUGUCGUGGAAUCGGUCUUCAAAGUGUCGAUGAAGUUUUUAAAAAUCGUCUUUCGCCAUCGUCGAUAAUUAAUAUUACUAAAGUGGAGUUGGAUGAUAAUUACCUCACAGAGCUGCCAAGUAUUAUCAAAUUUCUGCAAAAUUUGGAAGAUUUAUCAAUUGCCAACAAUGAAAUCCAGCAACUCGAUUCAAAAGCCUUUAGUGGUAAUCCUAACAUUACUUCGAUAGAUUUAAGAGGAAAUCCCAUUAAAAAAAUUCAUACUCAAACUUUUCAAAAUCAUGCUAAAUUACGUAAACUGAUUCUGUCAAAUGUCAAAGAGCUAAUGAACUUUCCAAAUUUUAAUGGAACGAAAUCUUUGGAAAUAUUGAAACUAGAUCGUGCAUCUCUUACAACCGUUCCUGAUUAUCUUUGCGUCCAGUGCCCUAAUUUGAAAAGUUUGAAUCUUGAAUCCAAUCUUCUGACAGCAGUUCCUAAUUUAAAAGAUUGCCGAAAUUUACGAGUGUUAAACUUAGCCCACAAUAAUAUUUUCGCUAUAACUGGCAACCAGUUCGCAACUUUGAAGUUACUGCAUGAUCUUCUGCUGUCUGCGAAUAAAAUUAAGAUUUUACCAUUCAAUGCGUUCAUUGGAUUGGAAAAUCUUCAAGUAUUGGAUUUGGAGAGUAAUGGGAUCGAAACGAUUGAUCCUAACGCCUUCAGCAGUUGUGGAAAACUUAAAGACUUGAAUCUGGGAAAUAAUGUGUUUUCUACACUACCUAUCAAUGGUCUCACAAAUUUAAUGCAUUUGAAAACAUUCAAUAAUCCAAAAUUAGAAGAAUUUCCACCAACAGAUUCAUUUCCCAGCAUAAAAACGAUGGUUGUAUCAUAUGCUUAUCACUGCUGUGCAUUUUUGUCAAUAAAAACGAACGAAUUCAUAGAACGGAUUCCAAUACAUGAAUCUGUUCUUUUUCCGACUAACACUGCCAAUGAACCUUUGAUUUGGAACUCGAGCUUACUCAAUGCUUGGAUUCAACUACAGAAUUCCAGUGCCAAGCACAAAAGUAAUAUUAAUAAGUAUUGGAACGAUAUUGAUCUGAAUUUUACGCUGAAAAGUGGGAUAUUGUCGAGUAGUGAAGAUUACUUGAAAAAUCAGAAAGAAAUACUAGCUAUCCCGCAAAAAGAAACGUGGAAUGCCGUCGAAUGUUUACCACAACCAGGACCUUUUCUACCAUGCAGUGACUUAUUCGAUUGGUGGACACUACGCUGCGGUGUAUGGGUAGUUUUUCUUUUGGCAUUGCUUGGUAAUGGAACUGUAGUUUUCGUCAUAGUUUUCUCUAGAACUAAAAUGGAUGUCCCAAGAUUCCUUGUCUGUAAUCUUGCUGCCGCAGAUUUCUUCAUGGGAAUAUAUUUAGGUUUUCUGGCGGUUGUAGACGCAUCGACUCUAGGAAAAUUUCAAAAGUACGCUAUCCCAUGGCAAAUGUCGUCUGGUUGUCAACUCGCUGGCUUUCUGGGAGUUCUAAGUUCGGAAUUAAGUGUCUAUACAUUGUCAGUUAUUACAUUAGAACGUAAUUAUGCCAUAACACAUGCGAUCCAUCUAAAUAAACGUCUGUCUUUAAAAAAUGCUGGCUAUAUCAUGACUAUUGGUUGGAUAUUUUCUCUGACAAUGGCCGUCCUCCCUUUUCUGGGUGUAUCGGACUAUCGCAAGUUUGCUAUUUGCCUGCCAUUUGAAAUUGAUGGAACUGCCUCGUUAUCCUAUUUGUUAUUUUUGAUGCUGAUUAAUGGUAUUGCAUUUUUAAUUCUCAUGGGAUGCUACCUAAGAAUGUACUGUGCGAUUCGUGGAUCUCAAGCAUGGAAUUCAAACGAUUCAAGAAUAGCGAAACGAAUGGCUCUGUUGGUAUUUACAGAUUUCUUAUGCUGGUCGCCGAUUGCAUUUUUUUCACUUACUGCCAUAUUCGGACUGAAAUUAGUAUCUCUAGAACAAGCAAAAGUAUUCGCUGUUUUUAUACUACCGUUCAAUUCUUGCUGUAAUCCAUUUCUGUAUGCCAUUAUGACGAAACAGUUUAAAAAAGACUGCGUAUUAAUAUGUAAAGCUAUCGAGGAAUCGCGAGUCACUCGAGGGAUCGGUAGAUGUCGCCAUAGUUCUAAUUUCAGCAAUCGCCAAACUCCAUUCAAUACCAAUAGUAUUGUAGAUCGAUCAUCACGGGAUAAUCAGAUGUUAUGUGUCUGUAGUUCACGACACGCAGUAGUAAAUUCUUCAAAAAGAUGGUGUGGGUUAGAAAUAUUCUGGUCAUGUGGUAAAAACAAACACCAACGACGGAAUAGAGCUGAUCACUACGCAUACAGAAUUGCCGAAAUCCAACAGAAACAACAUAAAAGAGCCUGUUCGAUGUCAUCUAGUGAAAAUUUUUCAUCUUCGCGGUCUGAUUCCUGGAGACAAGCAAAUCAUUGCAGCAUCCCACUGAGAUUUAUAGACUCGAAAAAACACGGAUCUUUGUGGCUGAUAGCGCGUAAGUCUUCUCAUGACUCCAAUCUGAGUUCGUCAAGAAAUGACUCGUCUAGUUCUGGAGUAACUGCUAGCACGAGUACAUGGAAAAUUUCGAGAUCGAGUACAUCUUUGGAUGUUAGCACGCCGAGACUCACUAGAUCUAAGCCCAGAUUAACACGACAGUCAGCCAUUCAAGAGCCCGAUUCUCUGUUCAGUCCUUCGCGAUUCGCUGUGAGACUUCUCGCUGGGAUUCCCACAGCUGCUGAUAUCAACGAACAGUUUAAAGUAGAUGCCGAAAAGAAAAUUGAAGAAAGUGAAAAUCAAAUGAGAAACGAUAAAAGAAUUAUCUAUACUACAUAAAAUUAUAUCCAAAAACUAAAAUUAAAGUUAUAAUGAUCAUAUUAGGAAUAUAUUCGCUGUACAGUGUCAGUUUUUUAUAUUUCCCGCCGUUAACGAUUGAAUUUUUAAUAGCCAUAAUACUGUUACAAUAUGUAUUUAUUUCCUGUAAAAUUUAUAUACAGAAUUAUAUACUUUGUAAGCGUUUUGUUGAUACUCCGAAAAAGUUUAAAAUAAAUAUCAAAUUGUUAUAUUACAAAAAUCCAGAUCUAUGAACUCUUAAGCAAAAAGUGAAGCUCUUUACUCUCGUGUGAUUGUAUUUUUAUCACACCUCUUGUAUUACGACUAAAUAAAUUAAAUUUUAUCA